AUGAUUUCUUCUAUUCUACUUAUACUUCUGUACGUAAUCCCACCGACUCUUCAGCUGGAAUCAGACUCAUUUUUAAUCUACAAUGAAAACCACAAGAAAUGUUUGCAAGCUCAAAACAGCGUAAUUAUGGUUGCUGAUUGUAUGAAGGACAACAACGCACAGAAAUUCCGUUGGAUCUCUCAACACCAGCUGAUAAAUGUGGCGGUGCCGCAAUGUCUGGGGGUGUCCUCUAAAAGUGAAAGGAGUUUGGUCAGCUUGUCGUCGUGUGAUGGCGCUAAUGAACUCCAGAAAUGGGAGUGUAAAAAUGACACUUUGUUUGCUAUCCAGGGGGAAAACAUUUACCUAAACUACGGCAACGAAAAAGAAAAAGUGGUUAUUUAUAAAGCAUCAGGAGUCUGGAGCCGGUGGAAGAUCUACGGAACGCCUGAUGACUUAUGUGCUAAGGCCUAUGAAGACAUAUAUUCCAUAAGGGGAAAUGGUAAUGGUCAGCCCUGUGUAUUCCCAUUCAAGUUUGAGUCUAAAUGGUAUGCAGACUGUACCAGGGAGGGAGCACAAGAACGUGAUCUCUGGUGUGCUACAACAGCGGAUUAUGAUAAGGAUUCGUUGUGGGGAUACUGUCCUAUUAAAUCUACAAGAGAGGGUUGGUGGACAACAGAUUUCAUCAGUGGCUCUGUGUAUCAGGUCAAUGAGAAUUCAGCCCUGACUUGGUACCAAGCACGGAGAAGCUGUCAUCAGCAGGAUGCCGAGCUAUUAAGUGUAACUGAGGUACACGAGCAAACGUAUAUAUCAGGAUUAACCAGUAUCACAAAAACAGCCUUAUGGGUAGGGCUUAAUAGUUUGGACUUAAAUGCAGGCUGGAAGUGGAACGAUGGAAGCCCAUUCCGAUACCUCAACUGGCUUCCAGGAAACCCAUUGGCAGAACAUGGGAAGAAUUGUGCGGCAUUGGAGCAGGGGAAAAAUGCCAAGUGGGAAAACAAAGAGUGUUCCCAAAAGUUGGCAUACAUCUGUAAAAAGGGCAACAUUACCUCCUACAUCUCUCCAUCUGACACUGAGCCCAUCAAUUGCCCACCGACCUGGAUCUCCUAUGCUGGCUAUUGUUAUUACUUGCAUAAAGAAAUGAAAAACUGGCAGGACGCCACGGUGUCUUGUAAGAAAGAAGAAGGGGAACUGGCAAGCUUGCACAAUAUUGAGGAAUCCAGCUUUGCUAAUUCAAACUUUGAGUUUGAAGACACCGAGUACGUUUGGCUCGGACUGAAUGACUUGAAGACACAAAUGUAUUUUGAGUGGAGCGAUGGCACCCCGGUGACCUAUACAAUCUGGGAGAGAGGAGAGCCUUCACACAUGGAUAACGAACAAGAGGACUGUGUCGCUUUAAAUCCGAAGGUUGGUCGUUGGUCAGAUCAAGCAUGCCAGAAGAAGUUUCCUUAUAUUUGCAAAAGAAAACCAUUGCCAUUCGACCACGAGCGCCUUCCGAUUGUUGAGCCCGGCUGCAGUACGGGUUGGAAAAGACAUGGAUUUAGUUGCUACUUCAUAGGUGAAGAAAUCUCCACAUUUUCAGAAGCCAACUCCUCUUGCAAUGCCCACGCAGCUUUUUUGAUGACGGUUGAAGACAGAUUUGAACAGGCUUAUCUAACAAGUCUAAUCGGGCUUAGACCGGAGAAAUAUUUCUGGACAGGACUCUCAGGCAUGGAAGAAAGGGGGACUUUUAAAUGGACCACCAACGAGAAGGUUUUGUACACUCACUGGGAUGCUGAUAUGCCUGGGAGAAAACAAGGUUGUGUUGUGAUGAGGACCGGAAACAAAGCCGGAUUGUGGGAUGUCAUCAACUGUGACGAGACAGCUAAGUUUGUCUGCAAGAAAUGGGCGGAAGGAGUGACACCACCACCAAUCCCAGCAACGACGCCAGAACCAAAGUGCCCAACGGGAUGGAAGACAAGUCCCCACAUAAGCUCUUGCUUUCAAUACUACUCGAAACCUGAUGGGGAAAAGAGGACGUGGACUGAAGCCCGGGAUUUCUGCCGAGCAAUAGGAGGAGAGUUAGCCAGUAUAAACAACAAAGAUGAACAGGAUGUUGCACUUUCAGGGAUUUUGUGAGUAGUACGUUCCGGUAACUUGCAAGACGCCUGGAUUGGUCUGGUGAGCAGUGAUCCCAGCGAAGGCUUUCAAUGGUCAGAUGGUUCGUCUCUAAUAUAUGAAAAUUGGCAAUCUGGAGAACCCAACAACUACCAGGGUACUGAACUGUGUGGAGUGAUAAUCAUUUCUUACCAAUUUUCCUGGAAUGACAUACCUUGCGAACAUCCAAAAAACUGGAUCUGUGAGCUAAAAAAAGGUGCAACAUUGAUACCAGAACCCACAAGCCCACCAUAUCCUGAGUAUAACGUGACCACUGAUGGUUGGCUGAUCAAAGGUGACAGGCAGUAUUAUGUGGGCAAGGAUCGGAUGCCUAUGGAUAAGGCACACAAUUUCUGCAGGACAAAUUAUGGUGACCUGGUUACGAUCAAUGACGAAGAAGAAAGGAGAUUUCUGUGGCAAUAUAUUUUAAAGAACAGGAGGAGUGACUCAUAUUACAUUGGAAUGCUUUUAUCCUUGGAUAAGCAAUUUAAAUGGAUGGACGGCUCUCCUAUUGAUUAUGUGGCAUGGGCAGUAAAUGAACCCAACUUUUCUAACAAUGAUGAGAAUUGUGUGGAGAUGUUCAGAUCCAUAGGACUCUGGAACGACGUAAACUGUGGUACUUCAUCCUCAUAUAUUUGCGAAAGAAAAACCAAUAACAUCAACACAACAUUUGCUCCAACUGUCCCUGCACCAAGGGGCGGAUGCCCAGCAGGAUGGCUGGCAUUUGGAGGGAAGUGUUAUAGAAUAUUUGACAAAGAGGGGGAUGAUUUGGUGAACUGGCAAGACGGAAGGUCAGCAUGUCAAAAGUUGGAAGGAAAUCUGGCAAGCAUACAUGAUGACUUGGUACAAGCUUUCCUGACUUACAAUUUAAGAAAUAUUAAAAAUCCUGUCUGGAUUGGAUUGAAUGAUAUCAGCUGGGAUAGUAGAUAUCGAUGGACUGACCAGAGUGGCGUGUAUUAUACCAACUGGGCAAAAGGUCAUCCUUCCAUGCACCACUAUUAUAGUGGCGAGGAAAAUAACGAUUGUGUGGCUAUGAAAGUGGGUACUGUGAUGGAUACCGGGACCUGGACCGAAGAAGACUGUAAACUGGAGAAAGGAUACAUUUGCCAAAAAUCUGAAGACCCUGCCCUGCCUGUUGAGACAACUGUGUCUCCACCACCAGACCACUAUGAGUUUGGUGACGCCAGCUACAAACUUCAGAAAACGAAGAUGAAGUGGGAUGAAGCGCAGCGAAUGUGUAAACAAUCAGACUACGAACUAGCCAGCAUUCUUGACCCGAGCGCGGCCUCCUUUAUAAGAGUGCAGCUAGAUAAAUUUAAGGAACCUUUAUGGAUUGGUCUUUACAGUAAUAAUAAGACGGACAAUCAGUACAAAUGGACGGACGGCUGGAAACUCCGUUACACCAAAUGGGCUCCCGAAGAACCAAAGGAAAAGAGUGCUUGUGUUUAUAUCGAUACGGAUGGCCAGUGGAAGACAGCAUCCUGUAAUGAGACUUAUGCUUCAGUUUGCUGGAAGAACAGUGUCGUGGCUCCCACCGAACCACCUCAAAAGCCUGGGAAAUGCCCAGAAUCAUCCUCCAAAAGCUGGAUUCCUUUCCGCAGCCAUUGCUACUUCCUGGAUGCUUCAGACGACUCAACCUGGAGUCAGGCAUCCAUGCAAUGUCUUCGACAUGGCGGUAAUAUGGUUUCAAUUGAAGAUCAGCAUGAAGCAGAGUUUCUGAAUGACCAUGCCUUUUUGCUCAGUGACAAGGAAAGCUCCUUUUGGAUCGGUUUAUAUAAAAAUGUAGAAGGAAGAUGGCUGUGGAUGGACAAUACUCCGAUGGACUAUGUAAACUGGAACACGGAAAGAUCAUUUGACAGUUCGGAUUUCCCAGAUUAUGGAUUUAUUCCGGUGUCUUCCGAAAAUACGACACAACCAGAGACUUCCAAGCAAGAACAGAAGAAGCCAUCACAUGGAAUCGCUGUAGGGGUGUCUAUACUUGUCAUAGCAGUUAUUGCCUCAACCGCCAUUGCAGUUUACUUAAUGUACAGGAAGAGGCACAAUAAGGCCCCUGACACAGAAAAAAGUUUCGAUAACACAUUAUACUUCAGCAGCAGCCAUGAUACAGCAGUCCAGGACACCAACAUUCUUGUGAAUAAUAUGGAACAAUUGUAAGCCAAUUUUUCUUCAUUCUUCUUCCUGGGGCCAUAUUUAGAUAUCAUGCUG